GCGUUGACCAUCAUUUUGGCUGGCGUACCCAAGCGCAACGUCCGGCUACAUUCCAGGCGGGAAAUUCCUACUCGAACUCCCACUGAAUGCAUACGAUGACCACGUUUACUGUCAUUCCGCUGCUAGAGAGAAUUCUUCCCUUGCCUCUAUUGGUGUCGGCCCGAGCGACUUCUUCAGUCCCCGAAAAUCACUCAGGUUCCUCAAAUCUGGAAGCUGGUUGGCAGCAUGUUCCUCUCGUUCCAGGACGUCGCGUGGUACGCAUGUAUCCUGUCCUUAAUCGCCAUCGUCCGAGGAUUGUUUUAGUUCGGGAGGGCUGUACUAACCGCCCAUUUUUCACCAUUCAGAUCAAAUCUAAUCUUGCUGAGGCUAAGCAAGCAGGCAUCGAACAGGUUGGCUCAUGGGACCCGUUUCCCAAUAAAGACUAUGGUGAACAGCUUGUGGCACUCAAUCUGAAGCGUAUCUCUUAUUGGAUGGCCCAGGGUGCGGAACCCAGUGACAAAGUUGCCGAACUACUCGGUCUUGCCGGUUUCUUGCCAGUGCAUCCCCGUAGCUACCUUACCGCACACAGAGCUCGCUUGGCAACGACUGCGUUUCUAGAACGCCAGAAGACCAAAUCCACGGAACUGGCGAAGAAGACGGAAGCAGAAGAAAAUGAAGUCACUACUGACAACUCCGGCGAGAUGGACGUAAACGACAGGCCGGACUCCGUCUGGCGCCAUGGAAAUGAGCCAUCUCAUUGGUGGUAUUGGGGCGUCCGAUGAUGUCACUGGAGGACUGCCAGCCUCCAGUGGAGGCAGUUGCUUGAACCUAUAUGUACAUAACAGGUGGAAGCUUCACCUUCGUCAUACCCUAAUAUAUUUGCAAUGUACGUUUAGCGAAUCAGAGCACAUUUGAUGAGGACAUAAUCUGUCGGGGCACAAAGAUCGGAAAGGACAAAAUAUGAAUGACGUCUGGGUAAAAGACC